AUGCCGUACUCAGAAUCUUGUUACCAGUGUCCAGAGGAUCACUAUCCCAGCAAAGCCCACGAUCAGUGCAUCCCAAGAGAUAUCAGCUUCCUAUCUUUCCAUGAGCCUUUGGGGAUCACUUUGACUAUUUUUGCCCUUUUAUUUUCCUCUAUCACAGCCCUGAUCCUCGCAGUUUUCAUUCAGCACAAAGACACUCCCAUAGUGAAAGCCAACAACCGAGGUCUCAGCUACACCCUCCUGGUUUCCCUUCUGCUUUCCUUUCUCUGCCCUUUGCUUUUCAUUGGUUGGCUUCAGAGGGCAACCUGUCUCCUUCGCCAAACUGCUUUUGGGAUCAUCUUCUCUGUGGCGGUUUCUUGUGUGGUGGCCAAAACCCUCACUGUGGUCCGAGUUUUCAUGGCCACCAGGCCGGGUUCUCAGAUGAGGUCAUGGGUGGGGAAAAGGCUGGCACUUUUUAUAGUGCUUUCCUGUUCUUUCAUUCAAACUACUCUUUGCACUGUGUGGUUGGCAAGCUCUGCUCCUUUCCCAGAUCUUGACAUGGACUCUCUGCCUACAGAAAUAGUCCUGGAGUGCAAUGAAGGCUCCACUGCCAUGUUCUACGGUGUCCUGGGCUUCAUUGGCCUCUUAGCCAUGAUCAGCUUUACAGUGGCUUUCCUUGGCAGGAAUCUUCCAGACAGUUUCAAUGAAGCCAAAUUUAUCACUCUCAGCAUGCUUCUCUUUUGCAGUGUCUGGAUCUCUUUUGUCCCAGCCUACCAGAGCACCAAAGGGAAAUACACGGUGGCUGUGGAGAUCUUCUCCAUCUUAGCCUCAAGUGCUGGAUUAUUGGUUCUCGUUUUCUCCCCCAAACCUUACAUCAUCUUGAUAAGACCUGAGCUGAAUAACAGGCAGCAACUCCUGCAAAAAAAAACCCAUCAUAAACUGAGGAAUCAGUCUUACUGUACACAAUGGGAUUUAGAUCAGUGA